AUGUUCGUCCUGUCCUUCUUCCUCUUCGCCCUGACCCUCGCCCCGGCGCUCGCCUCCCCGCUCGCCGCGCCCGACAUCGCGGACAUCGGGGACAUCGACGGCGGGCUGCAGGUGCGCGCGCUGUCCGCAUCAACCACGCCCGCGGCCGCGCGGCCCGCGAUGUGCGACGUCCCGUGCCAGCUCCCCGCCGCGAGCACGUGCGACAUGAGCCGGCCGUCCGCGGGCACGUGCUGCGUGGGGAACGUCGUGCAGGCGCGCACGCGCUGCCUCAACUGCGAGGUGUUCACGAACGUCACGAGCGCCCGGCGCGCGCAGGACGACUUCCGCAAGUUCCAGGACUUCUGCCGCUCGCACCUGUUCACGGUGCAGAACGCGGUCAUCGACGGCACCUUCCGCGACGCGAACGGCACAUUCCGCGGCCCCGCCCCCAAGGCAAACGGCGCACAGCCAGCAGCCGGGCUUGGCAGCGCGUGGCUCGCCGCGCUGGCGACGGCGCUGCUCGCUGGUGUGGCGGCGCUGUAGAAGCUGAACUGGAAAUUGAAUGUACCUUUUAUUAUGACAUUGCGUACCGGCUUCCCUUCAGAAGGCACGGUGGAUCGCUCGGCUUUUCAGAGCCCACGGUCGCCGAACCUCCGACGCGCUGCUCCCGAUCAAAGAUGGUCUGUCCGGAAGAUCAGGGCGGCAGACGACGCCCGAACUGUCAGGCGGGUGGUCAUGGCCAAGCCUUUCGCGCCGCUGGUUGUUUAUAA